AUGACGCUCGGGUCACGAAGAUCGGCGGGCACCAGAGCGAUAUUGAGAGAACUGCCCGCACCCGUCCUCGGACCAUUGGCACAGGCACCAUCGAAAGCAACGGCAAAGAUCAGAAACCGAGUCAAGUCGAGCAGCAGGACAAGAGCGUUGGUGCAAGUGGAAGAGGGUCAUUCAGAUCAGUCGAACUCGUGGCAGAAUCAUCCGCAUCAUCAGGUGUUGCGUCAGGCGAGGGACAGAAGAAGCAGCAGCGUGGGCACGGCAAUCGCAGGUACACAGCGAGAGCGAGGACAGUCCCCGGCCCAUCGAUUACCGAGCGAAGAGGGUGAAGAAGCCGAAGAAGAACAAGCAGAGACGCAAGCAACAGGCCACGCUCUGGGUGCCGCCCCCGAAGAAGAGAGGCAUCCGAGCGCAACCCCAACGGGCACUGCAACACGUUCCGUUCGUGCAAGGUCCAGCAGCCAGGUCUCUUUAGCUGCGCCAUCAUCUUCAUCUUCCUCCCUAGCAGGACGAUUGACAGCGGUGGAUCCUGGGCUGAUAACGCAGCAGCAACAAUCUAGGUCUUUCCGUGGCCGACAUCGCAGGCAUUCACCUGAAUGCUCCUCCGCCCACCAUGAGCCUAUCGUGCGUCCGGCAUUGAACAACAAUCCCACCAAUUCUUCCUCGAGUACACCGGCCGAUCGUCAUUUGGUCGGUGGUCCUCCUUCCAAGUCAUCCGCCAUGGCCCUCAAGUUCCUGAGUUCUCACACUUCGCACUCGGGCACCAGCAGCAGCGUCAAAUACUUCGACGUUCGGCUCGACAAUGAUUAUAUCGUCUUCCGAGGCAGCGAGGACGAGGCUGCAAGUGCGCAGCUGUCCGGCAAUGUCGUUCUGUGUCUCACAGAACCCAUGACCGUCUCCCAUGUCAAUUUGACUUUGAGUGGCAUCCUUCAUAUGUCAUGGCAAACCACUAGCACCUCCUCCAUGUCUGGCCGACGUACGGCCUACAAGGAAAAAACAUUCUUCGAGAAGACCUGGUCGUUCCGAGACCCCGGCAAAGGCAAAACCGAAAUCCUACCUCCUAACAACUACGAAUGGCCAUUCUCUUGCAUCCUCGAAGGCGCACUGCCGGAAAGCGUGGAAGGCAUGAAAGACGCAUGGAUCAUAUACCGCCUCAAGGCAGAAAUCAGUCGCAAGAGAGGCAGAGAUAUUGUCGUACGGAAACCCUUACGGAUUGUCAGGACACUCGAUGCCAACGCGCUUGAAUUGGCUCAUGCUAUGAGCGUUGAAAACAUCUGGCCGAAUAAAAUCGAAUAUUCCAUCAAUAUACCCAAUAAAGCUGUCGCCUUCGGCUCAUUCGUUCAAGUUGACUUCAAAUUGAUCUCCCUCCUCAAAGGCUUGGUUAUUGGAAACAUCUCCACACAAGUUAGAGAAGAGCACGAACUGGUUGUCGACCCAGAAUGGGGAAUCUCUGCCCUAAACAAUGGUAUCACAAAAGUGGACAGGACAAUCGUCUCAGACGUUUACAAAGUCGAUCCUGAGGACGAACAGGUCAUCGACGAAGUUGCUGAAGGAUACCAAUUUUCUCGAUACUUGGAACUCCCAAAGUCACUCAAUCACUGCUUGCAGGAUUGCAACGUCAAGGGCAUCAAAGUCCGGCACAAGGUCAAAUUCAAUGUUCAGUUGCACAAUCCUGAUGGCCACAUCUCCGAGCUCCGAGCGAAUCUUCCCGUCUCCUUCUACAUCUCACCCAGUCUCCCUAUCAACGAAAACAACGACCUUGUCGAUCAAUCGCCUCAGGCCUCUCGAGCGGCUAUUGCAAACGAUCUGGCCAACUCGGCACCUCCGGUAUACGGGCGACACACCCUUGACGCGUUGUACUCGGAUGUCGACGGCUACCGAACCCCAGGAAUGGCCUUGUCUGGUCCAGGUACACCCUAUUUGCACAGCCGGCAUGCAUCAUCAGAAAAUCUUGCCAGUCUCGCUGGUGUUGCCAACGGUACCUAUGUAUCGCCUAUCGCACUCGAGAAUAGGCUACAAGAUCUGCGGGCGGGUCAUCCAAAUGACGAAGAGAAUGAUCUUGGUGGAGGUAGUGGGCGUUCGAGGGGAAAUUCAAGCGCUCCACAACCCUCCGACGAUUAUUUCCUGGGACAAUCGACGACUCCGAAUACGCAUCCACGACUAAGUCCUCACGAACCAGGGUCCCAGUCUAGUGCUUAUCCCGGGAUAUCCAGUCAGCCAGAGAGCAACAUGAUUUCACGGAGGACGUCUGAGGAAGAUGACGGACUCGCGUCUGGCUCUCGGACACCAUUUCCUCAGUAUGAUCACAUGGAAGAUUUGGCGAGAGUGCCUUCCUACGCUACAGCUGUCAAGGCUCCGGCACCAAGAACUCCAUAUGAAGACUCGACAUGCCUUCCGACCUAUGGUGCUGUAGUACGCGAGCCCAGUCCUCCGGCAUUGACCGAGCCUCCGACGGCAUAUAUUCGCACUUCUCCCCGAGUGCCUGGCAGCCUGGCUUCAAGUCCGCCAGAUCUGGCCGUAAACGGCUCUCGACCACACGUUCCACAUAGAAACGUGAGCUCGAUUCAGGACGAAGAACGGAGACUCAGGCUUCUACAAUUGAGAGGUCGAUGA